CCGAGAGGCCAAGUUCCGGUGGGGUGCUCUGGCUUCCGUCCGCCGGCAGGUGCGGAAGGGGUUGUCUUGGUUACGGAUCCUAACGGUCCCCAGUCCUGAGAUCCCUUGUUGAGGGGCUGCAACCCGAGUGACUGCCGGAGGCGCCUCGGCACCUUCGAAGUGUCUGCGGUGCGGCUGGCCCAGCCCUCGGUGUGGAGAACUUGAAGCUUUGGAGGUAGUCUGCAGCCCUACGUCUCCCUUUCUUUCCCGCACGAGGCAAGGAAUCCGAAGCUUCCAAGUUUGGGGCUUAGUCAUCACGCCUGCCGUGCGGACCGCCUGUGCCAGUCUCUGAUCUUUGUAAUCCAGGAGAGCAUUUGUCUUUGAUUUCACUUUUCCCUACCCUCUUCUCUUUAAAAAAAGGAAAGAGGCCGAUCUUACUGCAGCUUUUCAUAUUUCCCGCUUCAUACAUCUCUUUCCUGAUCCUUCAGUUAAGAAAUCCUGAAAUGUACAAUACCAUAAAGAUUUUUAUUAUACUGUGAAGAAUUAAAACAAGAAAGUUACUCAAAUUCUUGCGGAAGGAAGAUUGAAAGAGAAUUAGAGAAGAAAACUGACCCAUAAUUAAAAAAAAUGUCUCGAAAAAUUUCUAAGGAGUCAAAAAAAGUGAAUAUUUCUAGUUCUCUGGAGUCUGAAGACAUUAGUUUAGAAACAACAGUUCCUACAGAUGAUAUUUCCUCAUCAGAAGAGCGAGAGGGUAAAAUCAAAAUCACCAGGCAGCUAAUUGAACGCAAAGAAUUGCUUCAUAAUAUUCAGUUGCUGAAAAUAGAGCUAUCGCAGAAAAAUAUGAUGAUUGACAAUUUGAAAGUAGAUUAUCUUACAAAGAUUGAAGAAUUGGAAGAAAAACUUAAUGAUGCACUUCACCAGAAGCAGCUACUAACAUUGAGAUUAGAUAGCCAAUUAACUUUUCAGCAGAAGGAUGCCAGAAAAUAUCAAGAACUAAUGAAACAAGAAAUGGAAACCAUUUUAGUGAGACAGAAACAGCUAGAAGAGACAAAUCUUCAGCUACGAGAGAAAGCUGGAGAUAUUCGUCGAAACCUGCGUGACAUUGAGUUAACAGAUGAGCAAUAUACGAAACUAAAAGCUUUUCCUGAAGAUCAGCUUUCUAUUCCGGAAUAUGUAUCUAUUCGGUUCUAUGAGCUAGUGACUCCAUUAAGAAAGGAAAUAUGUGAACUACAAAUGAAAAAGAAUGAUCUGUCAGAAGAAUUAAGUACAAACAAAAGCCAACUGAAGCAAAUGACAGAGACAUGUGAGGAAGAUCGAAGAAACUAUUCUGAACUGCAAGUUAGAUGUCAACGUUUGGCCUUAGAAUUAGCAGACACAAAACAGUUAAUUCAGCAGGGUGACUACCGCCAAGAGAACUAUGAUAAGGUCAAGAGUGAACGUGAUGCACUUGAACAGGAAGUCAGUGAGAUUAGGAGAAAACACGAAAUACUUGAAGCUUCUCAUAUAACUCAAGCUAAAGAAAGAAAUGAAUUAUCCAAAGAGGUAGUCACCUUACGGCAGACGGUUACUUUACUGCAAAAGGAUAAAGAGUAUCUCAGUCGCCAAAACAUGGAACUUAGUGUCCGCUGUGCCCAUGAAGAGGAUCGCCUGGAAAGACUUCAGACUCAACUGGAAGAAACGAAAAAGGCCAGAGAAGAGAUGUAUGAAAAAUACGUAACAUCCAGAGACCACUAUAAAGCAGAAUAUGAAAAUAAACUACAUGAUGAACUAGAACAAAUCAAAUUGAAAACUAAUCAAGAAAUUGAUCAACUUCGAAGUGCCUCUAGGGAAAUGUAUGAACGGGAAAACAGAAAUCUCCGAGAAGCAAGGGAUAACGCUGUGGCUGAAAAAGACAGAGCAGUGAUGGCUGAAAAGGAUGCUUUAGAAAAACAUGACCAGCUCUUGGACAGGUACCGAGAACUACAACUUAGUACAGAAAGCAAAGUCACAGAAUUUCUCCAUCAAAGUAAGUUAAAGUCUUUUGAAAGUGAACGCAUUCAACUUCUACAAGAGGAAACUGCAAGAAAUCUCACACAGUGUCAAUUGGAAUGUGAAAAAUAUCAGAAAAAACUGGAGGUUUUAACUAAAGAAUUUUACAGUCUCCAAGCAUGUUCUGAAAAACGCAUUACUGAACUUCAAGCACAGAACUCUGAGCAUCAGGCAAGACUAGACAUUUAUGAGAAAUUGGAAAAAGAGCUUGAUGAAAUAAUAAUGCAAACUGCAGAAAUUGAAAAUGAAGAUGAAGCUGAAAGGGUUCUUUUUUCCUACGGCUAUGGUGCUAAUGUUCCCACAACAGCCAAAAGACGACUAAAGCAGAGUGUCCACUUGGCAAGAAGAGUGCUUCAGUUAGAAAAACAGAACUCGUUGAUUCUAAAAGACCUGGAACAUCAAAAGGACCAAGUAACACAGCUUUCACAAGAGCUUAACAGGGCCAAUUCGCUGUUAAACCAGACUCAACAACCUUACAGAUAUCUCAUUGAAUCAGUGCGUCAGAGAGAUUCGAAGAUUGAUUCACUGACGAAGUGUAUAGCAGAUCUUGAGAAAGAUAUAGGUAAUCUAAAUAAAGAAAAGUCAGCUUUACUACAGAUGAAGAAUCAAAUGGCAUUAGAUUUAGAACAACUUCUAAAUCACCGUGAGGAACUGGCAGCGAUGAAGCAGAUUCUCAUUAAUAUGCGUAGUAAACACACUCAGAACAGCUUACUUCUGACGAAAGCAGAAUCAAAACCUGCAGCGGAAAAUCAGAAAUCACAGGCCUUGAAUGUGCCCAGAGAUCAUGAAGACAAUAUAUUUAUACCCAAGCCAACACUCUUUACUAAAAAAGAAGCACCUGAGUGGUCUAAGAAGCAAAAGAUGAAAACCUAAUAGUUUGGCUGGAAUGUACAUGCUAUUCCAUUAUUUACUCCUGAAGUCCUUUUCCUCAUGGAAGAAAAAGCUCAUUGUAAUCAUGUGGUUGGCAUUAAGUAGCUAAUUUAAUAUUUAUUUUAACUAAUGUUUAAUUAACCAAGCUCAGCAUAAUCAAAAUGUAUAAAGUACAAACAAUAAUAUACUUCAUAUUUGGUUUUGUCUAUUUUGUUACAAAAUAAAUUUCAU